GACGUCACUUCCGCGUUGAGGAAGUGACGCGAGAUUGCGGGUGGUUAUGGGAAGUACCGGUGUCAAGGCAGAAAACGUGUUCAGAGCAGAGCGAAACAUUUCUGAGCUAUAUUAGCUUUUAUUUCUCAGUGCCGCUGAAAUGGAAAGUAAACUGGAGCCACACAAACGCUACAUCUGCUCGUUCCCCGACUGCUCGGCCGCUUAUAACAAACAGUGGAAACUGGACGCUCACUUGUGUAAACACACGGGAGUGAAGCCGUUCGCAUGUGACCGCGAUGGCUGCGGUAAGUCCUUCUGUAGUCCCUACCACCUGGCGCGACAUGAUCUCAGUCACAGCGGCCUGAAGCCCUUUCUCUGCACCGUGGACGGCUGCCAGGAGGCCUUCACCACAAACACAAACCGGGCCAGACACGUCAGCCGCAUCCACAGCCAGCAGCAGAAGACGUACGUUUGUAAAUUUGUGGGUUGCGGGCUCGAGUUUAAGAAGAACAAGCAGCUGAAGUCCCACGUGUGUGAGCAGCACACCCAGCUGCCCCCAUACCAGUGCACUUUUGAAGGAUGCCAAAUGCGAUUCACCUUCCCCAGCAAGCUGAAGCGGCACGAGAAGGUGCACAAAGGGUACCCCUGCAAGGAGGAGGGCUGCAGCUUCACGGGGAAGACCUGGACGGAGUACCUGAAGCACAGGAAGGAGCAGCACAGGCUCGUCCUGAGGUGCCCCCAGUGCAGCAAGGUGUUCAGGGACUCUUGGUUCCUGCAGCAGCAUCAGCACGUCCACUCAGAGAAACGUGUGGUCCUCAUUUGUCCAAUGGACGGCUGUGACAGGUCCUUCACCACAGUCUUCAACCUGGAGAGCCACAUCGGCUCGUUCCAUGAGGAGCGGCGGCCCUUCACCUGCACCCACGCAGGCUGCGGGAAGGCCUUCGCGAUGAAGCAGAGCCUCCUGCGUCACAGCGUUGUCCACAACCCGGAGAGGAAAAAGAUGACAAAGCCUCGACCCAAAAGAUCUCUGGCUUCCAGGUUAAGCGGCUACAGCAAGACGAAGAAAGUGGUCUGUGAAAAGCGUAGGGAACCCAAACCUCCCAGAGGGCCUGCACAAGCUAGCCCACCUGGUCCUGUUGAGUUGGUGUCCCUCCUGCAGGACACGUCCUUGUUGUGCAGCCCUGCUGUAGACACUCAUGGUCUUGCUAAUGUCCUGACUACACCUCUGACAGUGUAGAGUCAUUUAAAGGAAUUAACACAAGCUUUAGGAGGACGGCAGGGAUUUGAUGAGAGCCGUUAUGAUGUAUUUAUGUUUCCGACUUGGUUGGUUGUUGGAGGUCGUAGCAGUAAGUUUAGACCACCAUAAGGACUCUUACUUUGAACACAGGCGCUGUUUGCUUGUUGUUUGGAGCUGGUAUGACAAUAAAGUUCCUUGAAUCCUUAAGCCGGAACCUAAAAGACCAAAUGAAGAAGUCGGUGCAGUUAAAAGACAUCUUGGGUUUGAACCAAAUGCUGGUGUUCCGUCCUGACAUCUGCUGCACUUUUUUCUGUUGGAUUUUUUUUUUUUUUUUUGAGCCAUGAAAUCCACUCAGUUUGUGCCAUUUGUAUUAAAAAAUGAAUAUAUAUUUUGUCUGUUUUGUAAAAUGAAGAAAAUAUGCUUGAGUGAAAAGCCAAAACACUCAGUAGCACUCAGUAGUGGGACGACAGUGUAUGAACACCCAGUGUUUAUUGAAAUAAAACCUGUGGAUAUCCUGGCGAA